UACAUAAGUAAUGCCUUCCUGGAGUUCUUCCGGAUUCUCAUUCGCUUCAUCAGCCUCAUUGCCUCUGGCAAUGAUAUUUCUCGUGGUAAUGUCAUAUAAAAUUGAGGUACGGUAUUUGUUUUCAGAACUUUCAACAAUCUUGUUACGUUUAUUAAUGUCUACCGCUAUAGCGGUGAUCAUGUCAUAGCCCAAAUCUAUACGAAGUAAGCAACGCCUUAAUUGUAAAAAAAAAAUAAGUCGCUUACCUAUAGCAAUACAAUACCUAUGCCGAGAAUAGUCAUAGAAUUCUUCCAUCUUAUUUCUUCUACAACACGAUGUUAAGAUCGGCGAAAGCACAAAUACGAGAACACAGUGUUUCAUGUAAC